AUUAUUGCAACCAAUUUUUUUGAAAAAAUAAAAAAAAGAAAAGAAAGAGAAAGUUGAUUGCUUUCUGCAAUCCGAGUCCAUCCCAGCAAUUUGCUUCUCUGUCCUCUGCGUCUGUCUCUGUCGCUAUCUCCGAGGAAGACUUUCUGCUACCGAUCCACAUCCGUACGCUCCCUUUAAGGUUCAUUUUUCAGAUACUAUACAUCAAUGGAAGUUACCCAGGUGCUUCUGAAUGCUCAAUCUAUAGAUGGAGCGGUACGGAAUCAUGCUGAAGAGAGUUUGAAACAGUUUCAGGAGCAAGAUCUUUCAUCGUUUUUGUUGUCUCUUUCUAGAGAGCUAGCAAAUGAAGAAAAACCGGUUGAAAGCCGAAAAUUAGCAGGUCUGAUACUUAAGAAUGCCCUGGAUGCUAAAGAACAACCUAGAAAGUUGGAGCUUGUUCAAAGAUGGCUUGCGUUGGAAACUUCUGUGAAAGCGCAGAUUAAGAUGUUCUUGUUACAGAUCCUCACUUCCCCUGUAGCUGAUGCCCGUUCAACUACCUCUCAAGUUAUUGCAAAGGUUGCGGGCAUUGAGUUGCCCAUGAAACAGUGGCCGGAACUGAUUGGAUCACUAUUGUCAAAUAUUCACCAGUUACCAGCUCAUGUAAAGCAAGCCACUUUAGAGACUCUUGGGUAUUUGUGUGAGGAAAUCUCUUCUGAUGUCGUAGAUCAAGAUCAAGUGAAUAAAAUACUGACAGCUGUAGUUCAGGGUAUGAACGCAACUGAAGGGAACAAUGAUGUUAGGCUUGCUGCUACCCGAGCACUGUACAAUGCUGUGAGUUUUAUUCAGGCCAAUUUUAGCAAUGACAUGGAGCGUGAUUAUAUUAUGAGAGUUGUUUGUGAGGCAACUAUGUCCCCUGAAGUGAAGAUUCGACAGGCGGCUUUUGAGUGUUUAGUUUCCAUUUCUUCAUCUUAUUACGAGAAAUUAGCCCCUUACAUUCAGGACAUAUUUAGCAUCACAGCAAAAGCUGUAAGGGAAGACCAGGAACCUGUUGCUCUUCAAGCCAUUGAAUUCUGGAGUUCGAUUUGUGACGAGGAGAUCGAUAUAUUGGAUGAUUAUGUGGGUGAUUUUAGUGGGGACUCUGAUAUUCCGUGCUUCUACUUUAUCAAGCAGGCAAUCCCUGCCCUUGUCCCUAUGCUUUUGGACACGCUUCUUAAGCAGGAAGAUGAUCAGGAGGAAGAUGGGGCUUGGAAUAUUGCUAUGGCUGGGGGGACUUGCCUUGGGUUGGUUGCUCGGACAGUGGGAGAUGAUAUUGUUCCACUUGUUAUGCCUUUCAUCGAAGAGAACAUAACAAAAUCAGAUUGGAGGCAAAGAGAAGCAGCUACUUAUGCGUUUGGUUCCAUCUUGGAGGGUCCUUCGCCAAACAAGUUAACAUCUAUUGUCAAUGUUGCUAUGACGUUCAUGCUCAGUGCCUUAACAAAGGACCCAAACAACCAUGUGAAGGACACUACUGCCUGGACAUUGGGAAGAAUUUUUGAAUUCCUUCAUGGUUCAACUAUGGAUACACCCAUAAUUACCCCAGCAAACUGCCAACAGAUCAUCACAGUUCUUCUUCAGAGCAUGAAAGAUGUUCCAAACAUUGCUGAGAAGGCAUGCGGUGCUCUCUAUUUUCUGGCCCAGGGCUAUGAGGAUUUUGGCCCGUCAUCUCCCAUUGCUCCUUUUUUCCAGGAAAUUGUACAGGCUCUACUCACUGUUACUCACAGACCAGAUGCGGGGGAAUCACGAUUAAGGACUGCUGCAUAUGAAGCGUUGAAUGAAGUCGUCAGAUGUUCGACUGAUGAAACUGCCCCCAUGGUGUUGCAACUUGUUCCCGUUAUCAUGAUUGAACUGCAUCAGACUCUUGAGGCCCAGCAGCUUGCAUCUGAUGAGAAAGAGAGGCAGAGUGAACUACAAGGACUUCUUUGUGGCUGUUUACAGGUCAUUAUUCAGAAACUAGGUUCAUCAGAGCCCACAAAAUAUGUGUUCAUGCCAUACGCAGAUCAGAUAAUGGGACUUUUCUUGAGGGUAUUUGCUUGUAGAAGUGCUACUGUCCAUGAGGAAGCCAUGCUUGCCAUUGGGGCCCUUGCAUAUACAAGUGGCCCGGAUUUUGCAAAAUACUUGCCUGAGUUUUACAAGUAUCUCGAAAUGGGGCUUCAAAAUUUUGAGGAGUACCAAAUCUGUGCUGUCACGGUUGGUGUUGUAGGAGAUAUUUGUAGAGCAGUGGAAGAUAAGAUUCUUCCUUAUUGUGACGGAAUUAUGACCCAGCUUCUCAAGGAUUUAUCAAGCAACCAGUUGCACCGUUCCGUAAAGCCUCCUAUAUUCUCCUGCUUUGGUGAUAUAGCUCUUGCAAUAGGAGAGAACUUUGAUAAGUACUUGAUGUACGCCAUGCCAAUGAUUCAGAGUGCUGCAGAGAUGUCUGCCCACACAGCAAGUGCUGAUGAUGUAAUGACAGAGUACACCAAUUCUCUGAGAAACGGAAUCUUGGAGGCAUAUUCUGGGAUUUUCCAAGGUUUCAAGAACUCCCCGAAAACCCAGGUUUUGAUAACUUAUGCUCCGCACAUCCUGCAGUUCUUGGAUAGCUUAUACAAGAGGAAAGACAUGGAUGAAGUGGUGAUGAAAACAGCCAUUGGUGUCCUUGGAGAUCUAGCAGAUACACUGGGAAAUAAUGCUGGUUCUUUGAUACAGCAAUCUCAAUCGUGCAGAGACUUUUUAAAUGAGUGCUUGUCUUCCGAAGACAAUUUGAUUAAAGAAUCUGCAGAAUGGGCCAAGAUGGCCAUCAGUCGUGCCAUUUCAGUUUGAAGCUACUGCCGUUCGGUAUA